AUGCAACAAGAAGCCCGAAAUACUGAAACACAUCAUCGACUAUGGUCAGAUAGCAACCUGCGCCACAAGGCGGUUUGUUUUGUGAGCGCCGGGAGCCUGGAAUCGACAUUAGAACAAGAAGACGCGCAUCCGACAAAAUCAACUGCUGAUCGGGAAGAACCAGAAAACGACAAUAUACCAGACAAAAAGGGAAAUGACACAGAUAUCCUAUUCGUUUUCGACUCGAAAGGAGAAGGAGGUGCUGAUACCGGGCACCCGGACCCAGUAUUGCAGUUGAACUCGACAGACAUGGAUGACACCAGCGAGGAUGAAGUUGUGUUCACGGGUCGCAGAAAUAAUGCAAGACCCAUUCUCAUGGAAACCCAUCGGAACGAAAUUCAAGACUUUCUCGACACGAGUACCGCUGUAUUCUCACAGACAGCACACAUACCAACGCUGGACGACACGCCUCGGGACUCAUCGCCUGCAGCUACCCCCACAGGCCACACUGAAUCCGACACAGGGAGAGCAUGUUGGCCACCGGAAGAAGAUAUCGACCCGCUGGCUGACUACAUUGCCAACAUCGACAAUGAAUACCACGAGGAAGUGAUAUCUAGUGCAAACCCUGACCUAGAAUGUGGCAUUGACGUCGAAAAAGCGGCAAUGCAACUGGAUCUUUCGUCCUCGACCCCUCCAGGAUCCAAAAUCGAUUCACUAAGAUCGUUCGCUCAAAUACAAAUAGACACUGGACAUGAUUCAACCUCAAUAUCGAGCCCAGACGACGAGGAUGAGAUAGCCCUCUCUGGAUCUGAUGGCGAUGCCCUCGAGGAGUUUGAUCUGCUCGAGGACCUUAUCCAUGACUAUCCCGGGCCUGGCAGGAAGUGUAUUCGCUCUGGAAACCCUUCAUUCCCAUCGGCAUCGGCAUUUGCGGAUGCUCUCGAGUCUGACCCGUACUUUGGCUUUGAUAUAAUGGACUUUGAUCGACCAAGCCUACGGAGGAAACCAAAGGGCAAGCAGUCCAUCCCUGAUCUGGUAUCAUCCGGCAGUGAAUUCGAGAUUGAGAUCCAGGAGGCCUGGCAGAACGACCGAAUCAAAAAGAAGCUACGGAAAAAAGAGCGAGAAGAACUCCGGGCGCAGGGUUUGCUGGGUAGAAAAACUGGGAAUCCAGACCUCAAGUCCAAGUACUCCAAAGAGAUGAACAUGGAGGAACUCAUGACCGAGCUUCGAUCAUUCCUUUUGUCCGCCAAAAAUAGUCACGCGGCCAUGGAGUUUCUCGCUUCCCCCGUGCUCAACAAGACUGCGCGCACUCCGAGAUACACAUCGAAGACCAUUUCCAAUGUCGAUGAACUUUUAUCCGGCAGGAAGUUUAAUCGUCGGCUGUUUAGAUCUUGGGGUGCCGAAGCCCCAAAGUUCUCCCAAACUAAACGGGGGAAGUCUGGUGCGGCUUCUUACAUGGAUGGUGAUGUGGUGGGUGCCUCAGCCCCGGAGAUCGGGGCGGAAAACCGAGGACGGGCCAUGCUGGAGAAGAUGGGGUGGAGUUCUGGUACUGCGCUGGGUGCUGCAGACAACAAGGGGAUCUUACAGCCUGUUGCGCAGGUUGUGAAGAACUCGCGGGCUGGACUAGGUUAG